UGCGAGUAUGUCUGGGCGAAAUAUUCCGGAAUUUUUGUUUUGAGAAUAGGCAAGUCGUUUUCACAAUUAAGAAAUGAGUCCACAUUUUUGUGCUAUAAUAAUUAUGUCGAUUUGUGUAGAGUUGCUGUAUGUAUCAAGUUACUGUAUGCAUCUGAAGUAGUAGGUACCAUUUAGAGACCUGAGAACAAUUCUUUGCCCAGGCCUGAUGUUACUGUGUAAAAUUGCACACUCUGUGUCAUGGUAAAAUAAUGUUUAUGUCUAAAAAUAGUCUGGUGGACUACUGCUGCAGGUCCAUCUCACUCUAAUUAUAUCGUUGCGGUGUGCACAAAAUUAAUAUUAACCCGUUAUACUGAUUGACACUCUAAAGCAUCAUGAACUGCGACCAUCACAAAUACCACAGAGAGCACACAAAGUUGCUAAAUCAAAGUAUAUUGUAAAAAGUUUUCGCCUGUGUUUGAGAGUGCUACCCUUAUAAAAUGUGUGAUUUUGAAGUAGAGGGGGGAAAUAAAGCAUGCUUUUAAAAGAACUAAAAAACCGUCAACUGUUAUUUCUAGGUAUGGACACUCAGUCAUACAACUAGCACCUGAAUGCAACUUUUAGGGAGGGAAAUUGAAGCCAGAGGGGGAUAUCCCCCUUUUUUCCCCUGCCCCCUUAUUUGGGGUUCGAGUGAGCUGUGCCCCACGCCUGUUUUCAGCAUUUUAAGGUUUGAGUAUCUCGAGACGUUAUUUGCGGGGAGCCGACGACAAGGGUGUACGCUACAGUUUGGUACCAACCUCAUCAUGUAUUGAUUAUACUGUACUUCUUCUAAAAGAGGCGCCGUUUUUACGAUAUCAGCUAGGGCUAUAAUUAGAGACAGAUUUGGUUCAAACAGGCGCAUAAUUUGAAGGGCACCUUAUAAAUAGAGGUUAUUUGAGCAAGUGGUAUCCUCGAUUUCAAGCAGCCCUAUGGAACUCGAGGUUCAGGUAUGUAAAAUGAUCCUGAAGUGUAUCCUUGGCCUUCCAACUGGCCUUUUUGUGGCAACUACAGGUGGAGGAUAAUGCUUCUUAAGUGGAGGAGGUGUCUCACACAUCCUCAAGCUUCCUGAAAAAAAGAAGUGAUACUGGCCUCCAUUUAGCAAGGCGCCACCAAAAAAUAAUCUCUGUAGCCACGUGGAGCUCUAUAUGGAGACCUCAUUGAGUCAAAUUACUUUUCAGUCUAGGUGGCGCAUAAUUAGAAGGGUGCCUAGUUUUAGAAGAAGUACGGUAGUGUCGUCCUACAGUUCCAUGAGCUUUUGAGGCCGAAAACAUCAAGCACAUUCCUACCAUUAUUUGCAAACGGGGUUUCACUACGGUAUUUGGUGUGGCUGGAUUGGGUUACAAAUGGGGGAAGGGGGGAAAGGGCCAAAAUCGAUGAAAGCUUGGUGCAGAAAUCUGCACGUGAUUGGGUAGCCUCGAGACCAGCCGUUCGUUAUCUGAAAGAACGCCUGGUCAAGUUCCAAUGUAGCACUCGUCCAGCGGUCCAGGAAUUUCUUGGACCGGUAAUUGCCCGCAAAGGUCCGCCCAAGGUGUAUUACCCAUGAAUAUCAUUAUGAUGCUAUAAAACGCUGACUCAGCUAGAACCAGUGCUACAUUGGAACUUGACCAGGCGUUCUUUCAGAUAACGAACGGCUGGUCUCGAGGCUAGUGAUUGGGUGAAGUUGCCAUUUUAGCAUGACAUUUUUGUGUGAAUCAGCAGCAAGACAAAUUAAUAAAUGUGAUACUUACAGUAUGCAUCAUGUAUUACAUGUAUAGAUGUCGGCAGCGCACAGUGUAGUAUUACACAUGCAGCCCUAGAUCCUUCAUGUAGUCCUUGUUAAAAAGUGGGUGUGUCAGCUGUGGUGUUGUCACGGAAUAAGACCGCGUCUCUUUUCCGAGACAACACAAUUGAUUUUUUAACAAGCCAAGAAAGCUCUUACUGCGUUCGCGAAAUGUCUACUAGUCUACAUCGCAUUCUUAACGACCCAGGCUGUAUAGACAUUGAUAUUGAGGCAGCCUUGCUGACCAAUCAAGAAUCUAAUACCGGUAGCCUAUCAGAGAAUGGAACAGUUACACUAGAGAAUGGAAAGCCGCAGAAUGAAACACCCCAGAAUGAAACACCACCGCUGAGUGAUGAUACCCCCAGCACAAAGAGACGUCGCUACACUACCAGUUACUCUGAUGUGUUUAGAGCUGAAGUCGCAAAAUAUGCUCUGGAGCAUGGAAACUCAGCUGCUAUUCGACACUUCAAGAAUCGACUGGACCUACCAGAGAGCACUGUGAGGUCAUUCAAGAAGAAGUACCUGACUGUUAUGGAGGAGCAACGUCAAACUGGGGAAGUUGGGACCAUUGUUUCUGUGCCUGCAAAGACAAAGGGACGAAAACCGGGCACCCCGAAUAGAAAGCCGAAGAUACCCAAGUCUAUUUUGCCAUGGUCCACCACUGGUCUAGAAGAGUCGAUGAGAGUGCAACCAUUCGAUGCUGAUAGGUCCUCUACUGUCAGCUUGACCGGCCACCUCGCUAUUCCGGCCAAACUGCGCUGUUCCAAGGGCAACCGGACUAACGAGACUCUUAUACUAUUGCAAGUCGCAGAACCCCCUAUGCUUGCCCCCUCGCUACUAUCGUCCAUAACCGACCCCCCGUCCCCCUCACACAGCCACUCCUCUGAUGACAGCUCCAGCAGCUCCCCACCCACCAAGCGCAAGAGGAGGCCUGAAGCUAACAAAACCUCAGAAAUACUGCUCAAGAUUCUCUCGGAAGUUAGCAACAAGGAGAAGGAAUUGGACGAGGAGGCUUUGUUUGCACUACAAGUCGCUGCUAACUUGAGGAGACUCUCCAGUAGACAGAAGGCCACUGCAAAGAUCAAGAUACAGCAAGUUCUACUUGAGAUAGAAUUCCCUACAGAGACGUAGCUCAUAAUUAUUGCAACUCACUUAUAAUAAUUAUAGCUAUAAAAUAAAGUGUAACCUCAUAUUUCAGCUCAUAAUUAUUUGUCUCUUUGUUUAUCAUUACAUUAAUGUCAGUUGCUUGCUUG